GGGCUGGGCUGGGCUCUCUAAUCCUGUGUCCCUCGUUGACGUAUUUCUGCACCAACAGCGUGAGAGGAUAAUCUAAGAAGGACCAUCCUUCCCCGGGUCCCCGUCGCUAUGGACACCUUUUUCCGCCACUUCAAGCGGAAGGACACCGGCCCUCCGUCCGAGGAUGUCUACUGUUGCGCCCGCCGGCCUAGUGUCGCCGUGCCGACCAGCAAGGCCCGGCGGCGCUCCAGCGUAGGGCUCCCGUCGGCCGCCCUGGCCCAGCGCCGGGGCUCCCGCGUGCAGCAGGGGCCCAGCGCCGGGGGCGGCAGGCUGGCCAGGGUGGUGUGCUACGGCAAGGCGUCCAGCUACAGCAAGGCGUCCGGCUACGUCCGGAGGCGAUCCAGCACCACCACUCCCAGCAUGAACCCGCGCUUCGCCGUGCGGCGCAGGAAGGCGGGGAAGUUGCGCACCAUCGACACCCACCUGCUGGGGCCGUCCAUGCUGCUGGCCAGCCUCAUCCAGAUGACCGAGGAGGAUGAGGAGGGGGGAGGAGGGGGGCCCGCCGGGGAGCCCCAGGUGGAGGUGAGGGUAGGCAACCAGCCCCCGUCCCCCUCCAGCACCCUCCACUCCGACGGGGACGACAGCGACGACCUGAGCCCCGACGAUGGAGCCAGCCGGUCGGAGGGUGAAGACCUGCCCUCUGAGGAGGAGUCGUCCGUGGCCGAGGACGUCAGCUUGUCGGACCAGGAGAUGGAGGACACCUCGUGGUGGCUCAACCCCCGACCCUCCAGCUCCUCCUCGCCUCUAGGGGCGCUGGUGGAGAGCGUGCCGUCACCCUCGCGGCCGCUCAUACGUGCCCCUCGCUGCCUAAGAAGGAACUCCUCGCGGUUGUUGCCGGGCGAUGCGGGCCGCUACGUGCGGUCCAGCCAGAGGAAGAGGAGGCGGCUCUCCCACAUCUCCAAGGUGGGGAGUCCCUGGCCGGGCCGCGGCCCCCCCAUGCCCAGCCGGAGGAGCUCUGUGUACCUCCACCACUCCGCCCUCUACAGGGGCCCUGGGGCCCUCAGUCCUGGGCUGGGGGCUCACUAUGACCCCCGGCUGGAGAGCUGGACUGGCUUCCUCCUGAAAGCCAUAGCUAAGUCUGGCCUGCAGCAUCUGACCACCGAGCCCAGCGCCUCCUCGCCCUGCAAGACUGAGCCCCCCAGAGAGAUACGCAGCACCGUGGACUGGACUGAAAACGCCCAGUUUGGGGACCAUAUCUGGUUUGAAACAAGCGUUUCUGGGGAUUUCUGCUAUGUAGGGGAGCAGUACUGCAUCGCCAAAACCAUGCAAAAAUCGGUGGCAAGGAAGAAAUGUGCUGGUUGCAAGAUAUCGGUCCAUACAAUGUGUAUUGAGCAGCUAGAAAAAAUAAAUUUCAGGUGCAAGCCAUCGUUCAGGGAUCCAGGAUCCAGGAACAUUCGAGAACCCAACGUUGUCCGACACCACUGGGUCCACAGGCGCCGGCAGGGGGGGAAGUGUCGACAGUGCGGGAAGGGUUUCCAGCAGAAGUUCUCGUUCCACAGUAAAGAGAUUGUUGCCAUUAGCUGUUCGUGGUGCAAGCAGGCAUACCACAACAAGGUGACCUGCUUCAUGCUGCAGCAGAUCGAAGAGCCCUGCUCCCUGGGAGCACAUGCCUCUGUCAUCGUCCCUCCCACCUGGAUCGUACGCGUCCGGAAAGCGCAGACCUCGUUAAAAUCAAGUAAAAAGAAGAAACGCACGUCUCUUAAGUGCAAGCCCAGCAAGAAGGGUCCAGAGCUCCAGGACGGCCAGUGGAAGCCCUUUGUCGUGAAGCCCAUUCCCUCCCAGCUCAUGAAGCCUCUGCUGGUGUUCGUCAACCCCAAGAGUGGAGGCAACCAGGGAGCUAAGAUAAUCCAGUCGUUCAUGUGGUACCUGAACCCACGCCAGGUGUUUGACCUCACACAGGGAGGACCUAGAGAGGGGUUGGAAAUGUAUGCCAAAGUGCCUAACCUGCGGAUAUUAGCGUGUGGAGGGGAUGGAACUGUGGGUUGGAUCCUUUCUGUUCUGGACCAGCUGCAACUGAACCCUCAGCCCGCGGUGGCCAUCCUUCCUCUGGGGACAGGAAAUGACCUGGCGCGCACCCUCAACUGGGGAGGGGGCUACACGGACGAGCCGGUGUCCAAAAUCCUGUCUCACGUGGAAGAUGGGAACGUGGUCCAGCUGGACCGCUGGUCCCUGCAGGUGGAGCCCAACCCCGAGGUCUGCCAGGAGGAGAAGGAUGAGCACCAGACCGACAAGCUCCCCAUAGACGUGUUCAACAACUACUUUAGCCUGGGCUUCGACGCUCACGUCACUCUGGGCUUCCACGAGUCCAGAGAGGCCAACCCAGAGAAAUUCAACAGCCGUUUUCGCAAUAAGAUGUUCUAUGCAGGGACGGCCUUUUCUGACUUCUUAAGUGGCAGCUCCAAAGACCUGGCCAAACACAUCAAAGUUGUGUGUGACGGCACAGACCUGACCUCUAAAGUUCAGGACCUCAAGUUGCAGUGUCUUCUCUUUCUCAACAUUCCCAGGUACUGCGCUGGCACCAUGCCUUGGGGUCACCCUGGCGACCACAACGACUUUGACCCCCAGAGACACGACGAUGGCUGCAUCGAGGUCAUCGGCUUCACUAUGACCUCCCUGGCCACGCUGCAGGUGGGGGGUCACGGGGAGCGUCUCCACCAGUGUAAGGAGGUGACCCUGACCACCUCCAAGCCCAUCCCCAUGCAGGUGGAUGGGGAGCCCUGCAAGCUGGCCCCCUCCCUCAUCCACAUCACCCUCAGGAACCAGGCCAACCUGGUGCAGAAGACCAAGAGGAGGAUCUCCAUGCCCCAGCUCAACGAUCAGCAGUUCCUUCCUGAGAACCUGCAGAUCAGAGUGAGCAGGAUCAGCAUGCACGCAUAUGAGGCCUUGCACUACGACAAGGACAAACUGAAAGAGGCCUCUAUCCCUCUGGGGGUCAUCAUUGUGCCGGGAGACAGCGACCUGGAGACGUGUCGAUCACACAUUGAGACUCUCCAGCAGACCCUGGAUGAGGAAAGUGAUGGGUUGAAAUCAGAGAGUCUGUCCUCCCAAAAGCUAUCCCCGAAAUGGUGCUUUCUUGACUGCACAACUGCCGAUCGGUUCUACAGGAUAGACCGUGCGCAGGAGCACCUGAACUACGUGACAGAGAUCUCCCAGGACGAGCUGUUCAUCCUGGACCCUGAGCUGGUGCUGAAGGAGACGGUGGGCACGUCUCCAGGCAUGCCCGACCUGGUGGACUCCUACGGGGAGGCCCAGCCCGACGCCCAGCAAUUCGCCUUCCCCUCCUCCUCCUCCUCCCCCAUCUCCUCUCCUGGACCACGGGCGAGGGAUUCUCAGAGGAAGAGGGUUUCCAGUGACAGCUCUGUGAUCGAGACUCUGGCCUACGGUGGCUCCCAGGCCUCCUCCAAGACAGGCCUCUGCAGGAGAGGUGCUAAGGUUGUCAGUGUUCAUCGGUCCACCGCAACGUUAGCCAGUUUCAAACCCUUGUCUAGUUCUGAAAGCACUGCCUCAAGCGACCCAGAAAAAGUUUCAGAGUUGAUGGAGUGUGUGAAGUCAGAAGACCUUCACAGGCUCAGGGAGCUACACCAACAGGGGGCCGACAUGGCGACCCAGGACAGCCUGGGGGGCACGUUACUCCACUAUGCCGUGAGCUUGGGCAACAAGGAGAUUGUCAAGUACAUCAUAGACAACGCUCCUACAAGCCACCUGGAUGUUCCAGAGAGGGAGACAGGGGAGACCGCCCUUCACAAAGCAGCCACGGCGUGUGAGAGAACCAUCUGCCACUACCUGGUGGAGGCCGGAGCAUCUCUCAUGAAGACAAACCUGCAGGGUGAGACACCUAAGCAGCGAGCAGAGAAGGCAGAGGACCAGGAGCUGGCGGAGUACCUGGAGAACCGCCAGCACUACCAGAUGAUCCAGAGAGAGGACCAGGAGACUGCUGUCUAACACACACAUACGUACACACACACGUACAUACACACACACCCUCUCUUUUUCACACAUAUACACACAAGUGCAUGUACACACACACACCAUCUUCCUCCUCCCCUCCUCUCUCUCAGCCGAACCAUCCUUCUCCAGAAGGAAGCUGUUGAACAGGGUUCCUGAGGUCCCCUCCAGGUCUACACG